CUGGUAAAGAGCGGUAAGCCAAAAUACAGGAUACAGGAUGUACUGAUUUCACAUGUCUUGAGCGCUAGGCAGAGGCUUCAUGCUUACUAGUACUGUAUUUAUCAAGUCAAAGGGUGGAUUACCUAACCCUGCCAGAAAUCCAGCUAUCUAGCUAAACAUGGCUUCUCCUGAGUAUCAAGUAAUAACAGAGUAUCGAGAUCUUCUGGUGAACACCAUUAGUCAAGACCCUCAGGGCGUAGCCGACAUGCUGAUGGUAAAGUUUCUCAUCUCCGAGAACCUGCGAGACGAGCUUGGUCUGCAGACGCUCACAAAGCAAGCCAAAGCACGUUUGGUUGUCGAUGCUAUGCCCGAUUUAGUGAAGCAAAACAGUGGGAAUUUUGAUAUACUCAUCAGUAUAUUCACAAGUGUUGGGUUGUGGACUGGAGAUCUUGUGACUUUGCUCCAAAAAGCAAGGAGGAAGUGUGAACAUGAAUCACAAAAAGAAACUGCAAUUGAAUCAAGUAGUGGAGGCUCAGAGUUUCCAGCUCUCACCCUGACUGUGUUGACCCAAGAGCUACUCACGGUCACGGAACCCCAUUUGUUAGGGGUAGGGCUGGGAAUUGAGCACAUCCUGGAUAAUAACAAACUCGACAUUGAGGACCAGAAGAUGGCCCUAUUCUCGUACAUUGCCAGCAACCACAAGAGAUUGAAUAUCACCUGGGACAGUAUUGCCUCUGUGCUCAGAGAUGUGCUCAACAAGGGCAACCUCGCUUUGAAUAUCAACAAAAAAAUCAUGAAAAGCUCUCGCCGAGAUAGUAUGUUGUGUGCUUCGUUUGGUACCUAUCAAAAAAUCAUUAUGGAAACUGCUCUAGUUCCUGAUCCAGACCAAGCUGACCAACUGCCAACUGCUCCUAAUGGAGAGAGUGAUGGAAGAGUUGGUGCAGUUCUUCACCCACCACAGAAUGAGGAGAUUGAAACGUUAGUGAAAGAAGCUGCUCUAGUUCCUGAUCCAGACCCACUUGCUCGUAAUGGAGAGAGUGAUGGUCCUGAUGGAAGAGUUGGUACAGUUCUUCACGCACCACAGAAUGAGGAGACUGAAGCAUUAGCCACUUCUUCCUUGCCCACAUACUUUGCCUACCACCACUGGAAGUUGGACACUCUCAGUGACAGCCCCAAAGGAGACAACACACUCAUCGCCAUUCUGGGCACUGGUAUCCUCUCCGAUCACCCUGUAUUUGCAGUUGGGACUGUGGCCUACGCUAUAAACUUUGUUGGUGAAAAUCUGAGUGACUAUCGUGAUUCCGACUCCGAGGCUAUCGGUACUACUGUUGCUAGUGUGGUUGCUGGCCGACACAUCAAAUGUACCCCUGAUACAAAAAAGUUUGUCGAUCGUGGAGAUGUUUUGCCAGUAGGGGUUGCACCUAAUGCUUCUUUGGUUGUGUGUCGAGUUGGUGAUAAACGGUGCGAUAAUAAUGCGCAAGCUGUAGAGAAAGCAUUGCAGUGGAUAUUUGACCAUAACUCUACCACUGAGAAGGAGAAAAAUUGCUGCGAUUGUCGGCUCAACCAUUACAGCCAAGACGAAGCUACUCGUGAAAAGAACAAAAUUCGGAUCGUUUUCUUGUCAUUUAAAUUUGAAAGAAAUGUCCUAGCUAUCGAAGAUCUCAUUGAUGAUUUAAAGAGGCAAGGUGUUGUGUGUGUUGCCAGCUCUGAUGAUUCAUCGCCUUUAGCCUAUCCUGCAGCAUAUAGAAAUGUUCUAUCAGUUUCUUCAAAUACGUCCAGUGAUGUGUCUCCAAGAAUCGAUGCUCUUACUUUGGGUGAUGAUAUCGUGUGUGCUUGUGUGGACGAUCCGAAUCAUGUGCAAGUUACAAGUGGGUCGAGUUUGGCAGCGUCUGCAGUGACAGGCCUGAUAGCUCUGCUGCUGCAGUGUGCAAGGGAGCAUGCUACUGAGAGGGUCACUGUUCAGCGAAUCAUGGCAGUGGAUGUGUUAAGAUUUAUUUUCAAGGAGAGGCUUAUGGAGGGAGACUGUAAAUUGCUAGUACCCGAUAAAGUAGUGAAGUUUUUGGCUGAGAAGAGGUUAGACUCUAUUGUCAAGAAUGCUCUCGGUUUGUAGUCACUUAUUUCUUAUUAGUUCAUGCUACAUGUCAAUGUAUUGUUAUUAAGACAAUGUCAUUGUUGAA